AUGGAAGGAGCGUGUAUCAGCCUGUGCCGCUGGUCUACGUACAGCUGUGGCCGCGCACAUCUGGCCGCCUGUGUUUAUUUACGUGGUUCGGAAAGCGCGCUCCUCCGCUCGCACCCACUCGCGGGCCCGGCGCUCUUCUGCGCGCAGGACCUGCGUGGGACGCGCGCGCCCGCUCCGUGCUCGCUCGCCGGCGUGUUCGCGUGUCCCCGCGUGUUUGCGGCCACGUCCUCGGCUCCGCACGGCGACAACCCUCCGUGCUGUACAGCUGUGCGGAGCGACACGCUGCGGGAGCAGGGCUCGGUGCCGUGGCUGGACCUGCCAAGCUCCGGGCUGUGCGUCCAAGCACAUCGCGAUGGCAGCGGGAGCCAAGUCUUCGAAAGAGUUGGGUCCACCCGUGCCAAGACAGAGACGGGCCAAGUGUUGUGCCGGGCUGAGCGCGCUUUCCUCUCCAUCGACUUGUUGCAGUUUGUCUCUGCCUUUGAUCUCAAGCUCUCUGAAGCAAAGCUUGCCUGUGUUUCCAAGCUGGCGUGGCCAAGCACGAAGGGGGACCUGGAUUCGCAGGGAGACUUGGCUCCGCUUCGCCGCAUGACUGCGGCACUGGCGGUAGUUGGACCCAUUCGGCACGUGGCGGCGGCGUGGGUGAAAAGUGCUUGUGUGUCCCCCCGUGGCGUGUCGGCUGCCUUGCUGCUGCGCCUGGGCACGGCUUUGGAAGGAGGCAGUGGCCGCAUCCUGCUAGGAACCCGGGCUGUGGCCCUGGCACGGGUGACACCUCUGCCGGCAGAUCCCGAGAGGACGAGCACCCACAUGAUCUCGGCGGAUGAUGCCGAGUACCCGCGGGAAUACCGGACCUUGGGCAACGGCACCCGGCGCUUCUCCAACGUAGGGUUGGUGCACACCUCGGAGCGCCGGCACACCGUCAUCGCCGCCCAGAGCCUGGAGGCCCUCACCGGCCUCCAGAAGUCGGAGAUGGAGCGCAAGCGGGAUGCCUUCAUGGACCACCUGAAGAACAAGUACCCGCAGCACGCGCUGGCGCUGCGGGGACAGCAGGAACGCAUGCGGGACCAGCAACCCAACUACUGGAGCUUUAAGACGAGGAGCUCCCGACACUCCCAGGGCUCCCAGCCCGGCUUGGCCGAUCAAGCCAAACUCUCCUUCGCUUCGGCCGAAUCCCUGGAAACCAUGUCGGAAGCAGAGCUGCCCCUGGGGUUCAACAGGAUGAACCGGUUCCGGCAGAGCUUGCCCUUAUCCCGCUCCACCAGCCAGACGAAGCUGCGAUCGCCAGGGGUCCUUUUCCUGCAGUUUGGGGAUGAGACGAGGCGCGUCCACAUCACCCACGAGAUCAGCAGCAUGGACACUCUGCACGCCCUCAUUGUCCACAUGUUCCCCCAGAAGCUCACCAUGGGGAUGCUGAAGUCUCCCAACACUGCCAUCCUCAUCAAGGACGAGUCGCGCAAUGUCUUCUAUGAGCUGGAGGAUGUCCGUGAUAUCCAGGACAGAAGUAUCAUUAAAAUCUACAGGAAAGAGCCGCUCUACGCCUCGUUCCCAGCCUCGCACAUCACCAAUGGCGACCUAAGGAGGGAGAUGGUGUACACCUCCAGGGAAUCGUCUCCCACCCGCCGGCUGAACAACAUGUCCCCGGCUUCCCACCUCACUUCGGGCUCCCCUCCGCCAGUGCUCCAGUCCUCCUCGCCGUCCCGUUCCCGCAUGUCCUACAGCGGGGGCCGCCCACCUUCCUACGCCGGCAGCCCCGUCCAUCACAGCGAGCGUCUCUCCAACCUGCCGCCUGCCCAGGGCGUCUCGCCCAGUCCCAGCGCCAUCCUGGAGCGCCGGGAUGUGAAGCCGGACGAGGACUUGGCCGGCAAGAACGUGGUGCUGGUGAAGAACGAGGGGCUGUACGCCGAUCCCUACGGAAUGGUGCAUGAGGGCCGGCUCAGCAUCACCUCCACCCAGUCCCUGGCUGGCAUGGGAGACCCUUUUGGCUACUCGGGGGGGCUGUACAAGCGGGGGUCCGUUCGCUCCCUCAGCACCUACUCGGCGGCCGCCUUGCAGACGGAGCUGGAGGACAGCCUGUACAAGCCCAACGCGCCCAUUUACAGCGACACGUAUGGACCCGGCUUGGGUUUCCGCAUGCCCCCCUCUUCCCCGCAGAAGAUGGCUGAUGGUCGGCUGGUGGACGUGCAGCCAGGGCAAAGCCCGCACAGCCCCUACUCGGGACCCCCCAGCCGCUCCUCACCCGUCCGUCAGUCCUUCCGCAAGGACUCCUGCUCCUCCGUCUUCAUGGAAAGCCCCGUCAACAAGCCACGCAAUCCCAGCUCCUCUGGUCCUCCGGAGCUGUUUCCCGGCCCCAGCGAUCGCCCGCUCUCGGGGUUCGGCUCCCCUGGACCAGCUAAGGAUACGGAAACGAGGGAGAGGAUGGAGGCGAUGGAGAAGCAGAUCGCCAGCCUGACGGGGCUGGUGCAGAGCGCGCUGCUCCGUGGCUCCGAGGCCGAGACCCCCAGCGAGAAGACAGAAGCCACCAACGGCGGGACCCCCCCAUCAGCAUCCACCAGCCGCAGCGGCAUGGGGACACCGGUGCCCGCGCCCCCGCCACCCUCCGCCACCAGCACGCCGGCGGGGCAGCCCACUGCCAUCACCCGCUUGCACAUGCAGCUGCACCUCCACGACCUGCAGCAGAACGCCAGCGACCUCCGCAACCAGCUGCAGCAGCUCAAGAAGCUGCAGCUGCAGAACCAGGAGACGGUGAAGACGAUGCUGCGGCGGACGGAGACGGAGAUCAGCGUGCGGGUGACGGACACCAUGCGCAAACACGAGGACCCCUUGCAGCGCCAGCGCAGCUUGGUGGAGGAGGAACGGCUCCGCUACCUCAACGAGGAGGAGCUGAUCACCCAGCAGCUCAAUGACCUGGAGAAGUCGGUGGAGAAGAUCCAGAAGGAUUUGGCCCACAACCACCGGCUCAUCCCUGUGCAGGAGCUGGAGGAGAAGGCAGUGGUGCUCAAGCAGCUGGGGGAGACGCUGACAGACCUGAAGGCCCAGUUCCCCAGCCUGCAGAGCAAGAUGCGGGUGGUGCUGCGGGUGGAGGUGGAAGCAGUCAAAUUCCUCAAGGAGGAGCCGAACCGCCUCGACGGUCUGCUCAAACGCUGCAAGACGGUGACGGACACCCUCGCCCAGAUCCGCAGGCAAGUGGACGAGGGCGUGUGGACCUCCCCCAGCAACCUCAGCCAGUCCCCCAAGAAAGUGGCCCCUGAGACCGACUUCAGCAAAGGGCUGGAUUUGGAGAUGCCCACCAGCCCCCCAGUGAACCUCCACCACCUGACGGCUGUCACCGAGACCCUGGCCAUGCCCAGCUUUGGCAAUAACCCUUCCCGAGCUCCAGAGAUGGUACCCGCCAAGACCCAGACGGGGCCGGAGACCCCCAGCAAGAAGAGUGCGGACAAAGCUGUAUCUGUGGAGGCUGCCGAGCGGGACUGGGAGGAGAAGCGGGCAGCGCUGACCCAGUACAGCGCCAAGGACAUCAACCGUCUCCUGGAGGAGACGCAAGCCGAGCUGAUGAAGGCCAUCCCUGACCUGGAGUUCGCUGCCAAGCACAAGCAAGCCACGGGCAGCGGUAGCGCUGCCUCCACGCCUGAGCACAAACCCUCCAAGCCGCAGCACGCACCGAAGUCGGGGGGCAAGGGGGACCCCAACGGCCGCAGGGGAUCAGACGAACUGACGGUUCCACGGUACCGGACGGAGAAACCCUCCAAAUCGCCGCCACCUCCCCCUCCACGCCGGAGCUUCCCCUCGUCCCAUGGGCUGACCACAACCCGCAGCGGCGAAGUCAUCGUCACCAGCAAGAAGGAGCCUGGUUUUAUGAAGAAGGCCGAGUCGGAGGAGCUGGAGACCCAGAAGCCCCAGGUGAAGCUGAGACGGACGGUGUCAGAGGUGGUCAGGCCAGCGUCCACCCCUCCCAUCAUUGCGUCUGCCAUCAAAGACGACGACGACGAGGACCGCAUCAUUGCGGAGCUGGAGAGCGGUGGCGUUUCCAUCCCAGCCAUGAAGGUGGUGAACCCGGCAUCCCGGCUGAAGCAGAGCCAGCAGGGCAGCCCCGACAAAAGCAAGCACAUAAAGCAGCGGAUGGAGUACAUGCGGAUCCAGGGCCAGCAGCAGGCCGCUAGACCAUCUAAAGAGGCUAGUGAGACUUCCCCCGCGGUCUCAGAAAAACCCGCAUCUGGCAGAACAUCCAUCCCCGUAUUGACUUCCUUUGGGGCAAGGAACUCCUCCAUCUCAUUCUGA